GAAAAGUAAUGUGGAAUUCAAAUCAUCGAGAUCGUUAUUUCUGAAUUCACGAAAAAAAAAAGCUGACUUUAUCGGAAUGAAGAAUCCAGGCCGCUUUACUCUCACUUUAUAAUGUUGGUCACUAUGAGUCUAAUCCCUACUGAUGCAGUCAGCAGUCUUCUUUAUCAACAGCGUAACCCUGAAAGGAUAGGUUAAACCAAAACGCAUUGUGUAUUACGUUUUCGGAAACGUUUGUGAUUAUUGCGUUAUCAUUUCGAGUGUUAUUUACUGUGAUCAUUGUAUACUGAUAAUACAUAAGGAACUAUGUUGCGAGUCGGAAUUAGAACUGUACGCAAUGCCCUAGGAAGCAGAACUUUUGCAAAUGCACCAGCUCAAGAACAAGCAAUCUCUACCGCCUUUAAAGUUCAGGAUCUAAAAGAUUUUGACGAUCGUGUCAGGAAGUCCAAGGUACCUGUGAUCGUUGAUUUCUUUGCAACAUGGUGCAAUCCAUGCCGUAUGUUAACACCACGUAUAGAGUCAGUAAUUGCGGAAAAACAAGGAAAAGUUUUGUUAGCAAAGGUUGACAUAGACGAAAACAGUGAUCUUGCUUUGGACUAUGAGGUUGGAUCUGUGCCAGUAUUAAUUGCAAUGAAGGAUGGAAAGGUUCUAGAACGAAUUGUUGGCCUUCAAGAUGUAGAUAAACUUAAACAAUUUGUAGAUAAGUAUUCGGAAUCAUGAAAUUUAUUUUCAUUAUGAUUCGCCAUUGAACAACUUAAGUAGUCAAUGGGAUACUUGUAUAAUAUUUUGUACAAGGAUACUUCCUAUUAAUAAGUAUGAAGUACAAGUUUUUAAUAAUGUAUAGCCUUC